AUGGCGCCCAGCUCUGACCGUACUAUCAUCGAUCGUGCAAAUGGAUCUGUCGAGGAGAACCAGUCCAAGAGUGAAGAUAAGAUGAAUGAUGUCGUCGAACCAUCUGAGGCGUCGAAAUCAUCUGCAUAUGCCGUUGCUCAUGUAACCAUGCCGGAGUGGAUCAAUAUCAUAGCCAUGAUAAGUCUCAUCUUUGGCGGGUGUUGUGCCAAUGCUUUUGCACUGGAAGCUAUCGUCAAAGAGGCACCGGGCAGUGGUACUUUGAUUACAUGUACACAGUUCUUCCUGACAUCUUUGUUCAACCUGAGACGUCAUGUGGAUAUCUCCAGAGGCAUCAGAAAUCUCUACCUGAAACCUCGUGCUAUCCCUCUUCAGAGAUGGCUUCUGUAUACAGUCAUGUUCUUGACAAUCAAUAUGCUCAACAAUAAAGCCUUCGACUACAAGAUUUCCAUACCUCUGCACAUCAUUCUUCGCAGUGCUGGCCCAGUGUUCACGAUGGCGGUGGGCUACCUGUCCGGCAAACGUUACUCAAUACUUCAGGUCGUUGCAGUUACCUUCCUCUUCCUCGGUGUUGUUCAGGCCGCUGUUGCAGAUGCCGCGUCCAAGGGAGCGCAAAUAUCCCUCGUUCAGUCUGGCACAACGUCCCAAUCCGAUUUCAUUGUUGGUUUUGGUAUUCUUUACCUAGCGAUGCUGUGCUCGGCAGUUAUGGGCGUCUACACAGAUCGAACAUACGCCAAAUAUGGCCGAGAUCACUGGAGGGAGAACCUUUUUUACAGUCAUACUCUUUCGCUGCCCUUCUUCAUGCUGUACUGGCCGGAUCUAAUGACACAGUCCCAAACACUUCUAUCAUCACCCUCGAUGACCAAUUUUAUGGCAGCUCAGCAUCAAGUCUUAGUGCCUGACAUGUUUCACCAGUUGCUGGCGAGGACACCUGUUCAGCUGGUCAUGCUUUUGCUGAAUGGUAUGACGCAGUACCUCUGCAUAAGAGGCGUCAACUUGCUUUCUGCUCGCAGCUCUUCUCUUACCGUCACCAUCGUGCUUAAUGUGCGAAAGCUUAUCAGCCUGAUACUCUCUAUAUGGCUAUUCGGGAAUAGUCUAGCGCCAGGCGUGGUUUUCGGUGCAUUUUUGGUCUUCAUUGGAGGCGGUCUUUAUGCUGUACCAGCUCAAAGAGCUGGCUCGAAACCAAAGCAUCAUGCAAAGAAAGAGCUGUAA